CUAGUCGGAUAUUUUUGUCGUGAUGCACAUACUUCCGGCCUCUCGCUGUAAUAAAGCAGGUCCUGCAAGCGCUCGCGCUGCACGGAUCAAUUUUUCUUUGUCCACUUGGUGAAUCCGUAACUGAUCGGUGCGAACUAAGCGGCAAUCAUGACGGUAGGUAAAAGCAGCAAGAUGCUGCAGCACAUAGACUAUAGGAUGCGCUGCAUACUUCAGGAUGGAAGGAUCUUCAUAGGUACCUUCAAAGCCUUUGACAAGCAUAUGAACCUUAUUUUGUGUGACUGUGAUGAAUUCAGAAAGAUCAAACCUAAAAACUCAAAGCAGCCAGAACGUGAAGAGAAGAGAGUGCUUGGAUUGGUACUUCUGCGUGGGGAAAAUUUGGUUUCCAUGACAGUAGAAGGUCCUCCACCAAAAGAUACUGGAAUUGCUAGAGUACCUCUUGCUGGUGUUGCUGGUGGCCCUGGUGUGGGAAGGGCUGCUGGUAGAGGAGUACCAGCAGGAGCACCAAUGCCUCAAGCUCCAGCAGGACUUGCAGGUCCUGUGCGUGGUGUUGGAGGACCUUCACAACAGGUGAUGACUCCUCAGGGACGUGGUACAGUAGCUGCAGCAGCUGCAGCAGCAGGUGCCAGUAUUGCUGGGGCCCCAACACAGUAUCCACCUGGUCGUGGUGCUCCACCUCCACCAAUGGCCAGAGGGGCACCCCCUCCAGGAAUGAUGGGUCCCCCACCUGGCAUGAGGCCACCAAUGGGCCCACCAAUGGGAAUGCCUCCUGGUAGAGGUGCCCCAAUGGGAAUGCCUCCUCCAGGAAUGAGGCCUCCACCACCUGGAAUGCGAGGACCACCUCCACCAGGCAUGCGUCCGCCUAGGCCUUAAGUUAAGAUUGCACUAAGGAGCUCUUCAUACUCUACAGGAAAACUCAAGUUUCCUUAUUUGUUGUACUGUGGGACUAGUGGGCUUCACAAGCUACAUUCACCAUUCUGUAUAUUUUUAUUUUUUUUACUUGCAAAAUUUUAAUAAAAUUUGAUGGAUGGUUUACUAUA